AAUGAAAACAGAAAUUCGGGAACAUUAAUCCUGUCCUCUGGUCUCGAAAGUCCUUUUGCACGGAAACAGACAGCAGCUCGACUCGCCCGGGUUUAAGACUCACCAAUCACCAUUUGCGGCUGAAAUGGCCACGGUGGUCAGUAUGGGAAAUUUGUCUUCGCUGCUCUUGCCGAGUCGCCUCAGUCAUAACAACUCACAAGAUCGCUUUUUGCUGCUCAAAACUACUGCCAGUCGCUUCAUCCCACAAACCAUUAAAAAUGCCUUCGCAGCUACGAGAAUUCGAGCUACUUCCACUCUUCUUGUGGAAACCAAGCCUGAUACUAUUCUGGAUGAGAAGAAGUUGGACAGCUGCAAGAAUACUUUAGCUUGUCCUAUUUGCUAUACCCCUCUGAUUUACACUGCUGAUUCAAGCUUCCCUGCGGACUCUGCGGCACGGCCCAAUUUACGGUGCCGAACCUGCAGGAAGGCUUAUUCUGGAAAUGACACGCAUCUUGACCUGACAAUCACUAGUGGUAGCAAGGGGUAUGGCGAAGCUAUGCCAGCUUCUACUGAGCUUUUCAGAUUUCCUUUCGUGUCCUUUUUGUAUGAGAGAGGAUGGCGACAAAGUUUUUCUAUAUGGGGUGGUUUUCCAGGUCCAGAGAAAGAGUUUGAAUUGAUCAAGGAUUACCUUAACCCAGUCUUGGGUGGAACUAUUGUUGAUGCCAGCUGUGGAAGUGGGAUGUUUUCCAGGCUUUUUGCCAAGAGUGGACUGUUUUCUCUUGUUGUUGCCUUGGACUUUUCAGAAGCUAUGUUGCGGCAGUGUUCUGAAUUUAUUAACCAGGAGGAAAACUUUCCCAAAGAGAAAAUAAUCUUGGUCAGAGCAGAUAUCUCCAGGCUUCCAUUUGCAUCAGGUACUGUGGAUGCUGUUCAUGCUGGUGCUGCUUUGCAUUGUUGGCCUUCACCAUCAGUGGCUGUAAGCUGUUCCUAGACACCAAUAUUUUUUUUUUAUGGAGAAUCCUGUAUUUUUGUUGAA